GCUGUUUAUCUGAUUACCGGGUUUCCUUAAAGCGACACCGGGUUUAAUUAGGGACUGAGGAAGAGGAGGAGGAUGCUGAUGAAGAGCCGGAGCAGCAUCCAUCUUCCCCCUGCACGGAGCCCUGCAUUCCCGCUUCCUUCCGCAGGGUUUAGGGGGUUAAUGUGACCCAGGAAAACCUCCAGGACAUCCCUCCUCCCUCCUCCCCAUCCACGGAUCCACGGUGCGUCACGCCGCUUCCUGCGUCUUUUCCUCCUCCGCCGCCUCUCCGCCUCGCGUUAAGGGGAUGAAAUCUGCAGGAAAGUCUCCCCGGCAGCCUCUCGUCCUCCACGGCCUCCUCUAGAAGCGGCUCUGGAGCCUCUUCGCUCCCAUGAAUCCCUCCGUCAGGUAGCCAGAUUGCUCCCCCUCAUGGACCCGUCUCUGCGUCGCCUCCCCGCCGCCUCUCCGCCCUCCUCCUCCCGCCGCUGAUGCGCUGCGCCUGGGUGCUCGCCUUCUCCUCGUCCUGGCCGGUCGGUGAGCCUCUGGUCCGUGGGGGCGGCUGCCCGCAGCGGGGCAGGAUGGUGCGGAUCGCCAGCGCCCUGGGGCUCGUCAUGUUCAGCGUGGCUCUGCUCAUCCUGUCGCUCAUCAGCUACGUGUCCAUCAAGAAGGACUUCCUGUUCAGCACCCCCAGAUACGGACCCAACGGGGGGCCCAGGAUGUACAUGUUCCACGCGGGGUUCCGCGAGAGGCCUCCUCGCAAACCAGACCUGAGUUCCCAGCUGGCCAUGAAGUAUCUGGAUCCGGCCUUCACCCCUCUGACCAACGCCCUGAGCGAAGACCUGCAGAACUCGUCUAAAUGGACCUACAACAGCACUGCGUUCAGACAGCAGAAGAAAGAGAUCUCCCAGUACAUCGACAUACCCCACAACUUCACGCUGACACGAGACUCGGUCAGGAUCGGACAGCUGAUGCACUACGACUACUCCAGCCACAAGUACGUUUUCUCUAUCGGCGAGAACUUCCGCUCGCUGCUGCCAGACGUGUCGCCAAUCCUCAACAAGCACUACAACGUCUGCGCCGUCAUCGGCAACAGCGGCAUCCUCACCGGGUCGCGCUGCGGCCCUCAAAUCGAGAAGUUCGAUUUCGUGUUCCGCUGCAACUUCGCGCCGACCGAGAUCUUCAAGAAGGACGUGGGGCGUCGCACCAACAUGACCACCUUCAACCCCAGCAUCCUGGAGAAAUACUACAACAACUUACUGACCGUGCAGGACAGGAACAACUUCUUCCUGAGCCUGAAGAAGCUGGACGGCGCCAUCCUGUGGAUCCCGGCGUUCUUCUUCCACACGUCAGCCACGGUGACGAGGACGCUGGUUGACUUCUUUGUGGAGCAUCGAGGUCAGCUGAAGGUGCAGCUAGCGUGGCCUGGAAACAUCAUGCAGUACAUCAACAACUACUGGAAAACCAAGCAGCUGUCGCCGAAGCGCCUGAGCACCGGUAUCCUGAUGUACACGCUGGCUUCCUCCAUGUGCGACCAGAUCCACCUGUACGGCUUCUGGCCGUUCGGCUGGGACCCCAACACUGGCAAGGAGCUGCCCUACCACUACUAUGACAAGAAGGGCACCAAGUUCACCACCAAAUGGCAGGAAUCCCACCAGCUGCCCGCCGAGUUCAAGCUCCUGUACAAGAUGCACACAGAGGGACUGCUAAAGCUCAGCCUGUCGCAUUGUGCUUAGGGCUAAAACUGCAGCAGCGCUUCUUCAAACUGCUCUCCAGCACUUCCACAAGCCUGAAUCACAAACAGGACGAGACAAGACUCAAGUGGUUUUGUCAAACUCUUGACUAAAGAGGCUGGAGGAAACUGAUUUCUGCAACAGCUCAAGAAACUACAAGUAUAUUUAUUUUCUACUGCUCAACAAAGGUGGACAACUCAGCAGACUGACUGUUUAACCCUAUCAGACCAUCAUUAGGAUUAGAAAAGGUAGAUCCUUCAGUCUUUUUACUUCAGUUUCAUUGCUGUUUCGGCAACACAUAGGCCCAUCAGAGACGCAGGAAUCAUGUUCUCGGUCGGUAUAGUUUUGGAGAGAGUUGUCAUUUUGUGGUUCGUGUUGGUGUUUGGAAAAUAUGCAACAUCUACUACGGUAAUCAAACCAGACUUCCAAGGUUGUAUUUCAGUUUUGUCCACAACAACGCAGCUCUUUGUGUUCUUUCAAAUGUGCUGUUUCCAGUCUGGAUGCCUUGAAAAGUGAACAAAUGGGAAAAUGUUUCAUGAUGUUUUCACCUUUCAGACGGGAGAGCUCGGCUAAGAAAAAUUUCUAACUACAUACCGAGAUGUCAUCGCUAUCCAUCUCUUCAGCUGCUAAAUCCUCCACUUUCUUCACCAGCUAGUUUAUGCUUCUGUCUGCCCUUUGAAAAGCAAUGUACAAGUGGUUCAUCAAAGCUUAAACAGCCACCUACUGCUGUGGAGAAUGAAAUUUGUAACAGUAGUGGAACAAAACAAAUAAAACAUAGGUAGAGUUGAUGAUUGUCCCCAUAAACAACCCCAUUUUCCAACCCAACAGCUCCACACUGUCCAGUUGGGUUAUACCACCUCAAACCAUCAGGUUCCUUCUGCUCGGUCGUCUUGGAUUUCCUCAAAUCUUGGUGGAUCCACUCAGACUUGAGCUUGCAGUGAGGGUGAAAGUGAAACUAGCCAUAGAUCAGUUACAGGUUGACAAUCUGACUCUGUUAGCUGUCUCUUUUCAUAUCCAGAGCAGCAUAUCGUCCACCUGAUGAAUGUAAGUCGGAUCUACGGUUUCCUUUCAGCUGCUAAAUGUUCCACUUUUUUCACCAGCUAGUUGAUGCUUUUAUCUGCCGUCUGAAAGACAACAAACAAGUGUCUGCCCCUGGAAAUAAGGUUUGUAGGAGCGGUGCAAAAAAAAAAAGUAAAAAUGUCCGUAGAGUUGAAGAGUUGGACGAUAAUCCCCUGUGGGUUUAUCACUAUAAAUAACAAUCUUUUUCCAUUAGAUAGAGGUAUUUUAUCAGUUUUAAUGUGACUGCAAUGUGAAAACAACAUAUGAACAUAUGAAAAGAAAGAAACUAAGGCUGAAAAUAGUCUUUAGUCCAACUUUUCUGGCCUCGAACAUCAGUAGAAUCUGAUUUGUGGAAUGUUUGGAGAGACCCAGUUCUAGUUUUUAGAUAUUUUAACUCUACUGCUCCUUCAAGCUCACAAAUCUGAGGAUAUUUGACACCUUUAGCUGCUUCUUUCUGCCCUUCGACUAAUUUGGUGCUUCACCACAGUAACAACCAGCGUAAAAAUAGUGUGUUGGAGCUAAAAACUGAGCCUAGUUUUGUUUCCACAAGAUCUCUUUAACAGAAAUGUCAAAGAAUGGUGGAUGAAGAUCAAAUCAAUCAGAAAGUCAGCAGAGACACCAUGGAUGGAAGUUUUAGGAUGUAGUUUAGGAUAUGUGAAGGCUGUGCUUGAAGUUUUUGAAUUACAUAACGUAUAAACUCUUCAUUUUUGCUGCCCUACUUUAUGAAGAUUGCUGGUUGUCUAAAGACUAAGCUUCAGCCAGAAUGCUGCCAUUUCUGCCGUUUAUGUUGUAAUUUAUUCCACUUUUGUGUGUUUUAACUGAAGAACUGCGAGGAAGAUAUAAGCUAACAUUAGCUUUGACGACACAAAUCAGUAAAUUUUUUAUUUUUUUUCAUUUGGAUGUUUUCAUCAAUGCAAGAACUUUUCUCUGCUGUUUCACAUAUCUUUGUGUUAGGUGUUGAGUAAAAAAAUUUUCAGGUUAAUUAUAAGAAUUGAAAUUUAGUGUUUUAAAAUUGAUAAAAAAUUACCCCAAACUAAUAAGUGCAGAUUGUUGCUGCUGGAUUAUAAAUAUAUAAUGAUGAUGUGUGGACUGACUGGAUCGAAUUUAACCCUCUGAACCCCAAAAAUGUUAUAAAAAAUCACCAAAAUUACACCAUUUAUCAGAGUCAGAAACUGAAAAAUCACCAAAUAUUCAUCAGAUUUUCAGCUUUUUUAAGAUCCUUGAUCUCAUCAUGUGUCACCUUUGGUUCUAUAAUGAAAAUUAACCAAAUCCAUACAUCAAAAUGUAGAAUUGUAAUUAUUCUCGUUUAAUUUCUCAUUUAGAAAAUCACCAAAAAUAAAAACUUUGCAUUAAGCAGAUUCUGUAAAAAUCUAAAUAUUCUGUGAAUUUUAGUGCAACCAUGAGGCCUUUAAUGACUCAGCUGUGACUUACAGUGAUAUGACAAAAAUCAUGUAGGAUGAGCUGCAGGCUGUGUUUACACAAAGCAGACAGGAGAUAGUUAUUUAAACUAAUUAAACAUGUGAAAUUUACAAUUUGAACAUUUUUGCCAGUAUUGAUAACACAUAUCGGUCAAAUAUUCCAGAUUUUCUCAAUUUUGACAGAAAAACCAAUCAAAUAAUUCUAAUUUUUUCUGUUUUUAACGAUCUAUGGCAUUAAACGUGUUGUUCAGUGAUCUUCCUGGAACACUUUCAGCACUAAUUCAGCCUCGUAUCAUAAUACUGCCGCCUCCGUGCUUCACUGUGGCGGUCCUGGUCAGAUUUAGUGAGGAAAAAUGUGACAGGAACAAAAACAAAAACAGUUUGGGGGUUCAGAGGGUUGAAACGAGACAGACUCAACGGUGUUUGCUUAAUUGUUGGUUAAAUCGAUGAAAAACAUUAGAUUAUCAAUACUUAUUAGAAAAUUUGAAUUCUAACAUGUUCCUUGGUUUUUUUAGAUAUUGUAGUAGCAAAAAAGAUCUCAACCUCAAGUUCUAAUUCCCGUUUUAUUGCCCUGUUCAUGGGAAAGAUUAUAUUGAAAUACGAAAACAGUCGUUAAUCCCAGUUGUUAGACAUAAUAUGCAUUUUUUUUGGUAUUAUAUCCUCUAGUCACUGUUAAGAAUGUAUUGAAAGAUUUUGGGUAAACUCCAGAUUUUCUCUUAAUUUAUUAGAAAAAUCCACCUUGUCGGUUUGGUGGAAGAGUUUUGGCCCUCUUGGCAUUCCAUAGGUUGUAUGCAUCCGUACACUCAGGUCUUUGUGAAUGAGUACAAUCGUACUUGUAUUGUCUUCUGUGUGUGUUUUACCGUGGUUUCUGUGUAUUUUAACGGUUUAUCGCUGCUUCCGUGUACAUUCAUGUGUUGCAGAAACAUGUAGUCAUUCACUCUUUGUAGUUAAUUAACGUGUUUCUUAUGGUUUUAGUCGAUAAAUGUGAAAAUCUCGAAUGUCGAACGCGGUUUUACACGAGAGGAAUUCACACACGUUGUUUUCACACAUAUCGGAUGUAUUUAAAGUUCUUAUUUCUGCAAAUUUUCUUUCACUUUUGCUGCAGUGAGACAACAGAAAUGAGGGAAAAUGGGACUAUUUUUGUACAAUCUGUUCAGUUUUAGCUGCAUUUCUGCCUCUUCUCUGUUUGUUUUUUUUGUCUCCACCAGUUUGAUUCCAAAAUUACGUAUUUCAAGACUUGAAAUUUUCAGGAAUUUGACAGAAAGAUUGUCAACAUGGAGGCUAAACUCACUAUUUGUUCAGAAUAAUAAUGUUAUUUUCUGACUACAGCAAACCGAUUACAUGGACGGAGAUGGAAUUGUGUGUUUUCUUUUGUUUUUCUCUUUUUUAUCGUCUUUUAUUCUUGUAAUAUGAACUAACAGUGAGUGUCAGCAGGGAUCAUAUUUCCAGAAUGUAUUUUCUUUUUGGCAUUUUGAAUGAAACCAUGGCUGGCUCCAUUCAUAUCUCCAGAGAGUUAAAUAUAUAUACGAGAACCACGUUUAGAAAUCAUACGCAACACGCUGUAGAUUAACAAAUAUGUUUUCUUCAUCAUCCAGUACUUGAAAGACAAUAUAUCUACUCUGUACUUAUUUAAUUAUUUAGUCAUUAAAUGAAUGAAAUGCUUAAUUUGA